GUUGAGCGUGGUGCAGGUCGGCCUCCCCUCGGGUCGGGUGGCUCGGGCCGGACGCCAGCCAGACCCAGCGGAGGUCUCACUGCGGCCUCGUGCUGCGUGUGGCGUGCCCGUGGAGGCAAGACUCGAGUGGUCUGGGGCCUAAAUGAAGCCUUAUUAGGCUUCCUAAGUCGGCGUUGCUCACUCCUGGCACGGUCAGCUCCCUGUGAGCGCCGAUUCAGGCUUUGGCGUGGUUUCGGCAUGGUCGCGGGAAAAGGAAACCAGAUGUGUGCUGUUACCGUCAGCCGAUAAGCAGACGCGUUUCUUGUGUGUCUAUUUCUUGGGAAUGUGAGACAAUGUACCUAUGAUACAUGCUUUAGAAACAGAACAUUUUGGUUCAAAGGGAAAAUGGCUCUCAGUCCAUCUGUAGUUCCUCAAGAAAGUAAAGAAGAUAAUGUAAACUGUGUAGAAACAAAACCGUCACGGACUGCUUCCAUUGCUUCAGAAGACCCCCUUCAAAACUUAUGCUUAGCAUCUCAGGAAGUGCUUCAUAAGGCUCAGCAAAGUGGAAGGUCACGGUGUCGCCAGUGUGGUGGCUCAAGGAUGUUCUACUGCUACACAUGCUGUGUCCCAGUGGAAAAUGUGCCCACUGAUCAGAUCCCAUGUGUGCAGCUUCCAUUGAAGAUUGAUAUCAUUAAGCAUCCAAAUGAAACAGACGGCAAGAGCACCGCUGUGCACGCGAAGCUCUUAGCGCCCGACUCUGUGAACAUUUACACAUAUCCGUGCAUUCCGGAGUACGAAGGGAAGGAUCACGAGGUUGUACUUGUUUUUCCUGGGCCUCAGUCUAUCUCAAUACAAGAUGUCUCUUUCCAUCUACAAAAAAGGAUUGAAAGUAAGGGUAGAAACAAAGCUGACGAUCUUGAUGUGCCACCUCGGAAACUCAGGAGGACUAAGGCCGAGGAAGGCUGGGAUCUGAGUGACAGCACACGACAAGGCCCGGAGUUGAAAAGAGUUGUCUUUAUUGACAGCACCUGGAGCCAGACAAACCAGAUCGCCUCUGAUGAGCGGCUUCGGGAGUUAUUACAAGUUGAACUGAGAACAAGAAAAACUUGCUUUUGGCGCCAUCAAAAAGGGAAGCCAGAUACUUUCCUUUCCACAAUUGAAGCCAUUUAUUACUUCCUAGUAGACUACCAUAGUGCCGUGCAGAAAGAGAAGUACAGAGGACAGUAUGACAACCUUUUAUUCUUCUACUCUUUUAUGUACCGCUUGAUAAAGAAUGCCAGAGGCUCUGGAGAGAAGGCUAAACCGCAGCCCAUCCAGUAGUUCUGCAUACCCACUUGUCCUGGGCUCUUGCAGUCGAGCCUUGUUUACUCCGGGGUGAUAACCAUGUGUUAUGCCCAUGAGAGGACACAGGGAAGAUCCAGCCUUGUUCAUUUUAUUGUAUUUUUUUAAAGUAAAAUUUGAAGUUUGGCAAUUUUUAAGAGAUGAUCUUGAUUGAAAGACCAAUCAGAAGCUAGUUGCUCAAUUCGGGCAUCUCCCACUGUACUGUACAUUUUCAUAUGCUGUGUUACAUUUAUGUGAUUGUAAUUAUGUGUGAUUAAAGGGUGUCUUAUCUUUUCACUUAUACUCGCCCUUACCAUUCGACUUAAAUGAAGUUAGAAUCUGUUGGGGGGAAAAAUGUAAUUUGCUUAAGGUUGGUGGCAGAAUUGGCAAAGGUGAGUGUGUUGCACUGUCUCUGGAAGUGAACACUCCCUCCCACUACCUGGCCUCUGCUCUAAGAGAGAACUGUGGCAUCACGUGGUCCUGCCAGAGGGAUGUGCACAUGACCCAUUUUGGCAAAUCACAUGGCCCAACAGGACCAGGUCUGUUUUGAUGUAUGAGGGAUGCUGUAGGAGAUGGAAUAUAUUUUUCAAGAGUGAGUGAUACAGGGGUAAAAUAAAUCUCAUGUUUACAAUGCAUUUAGAAACAAAGGUAAGUUUGACGUGAUUUAAGUAGGGCAAAGUCUAGAUUGGGGCAGGGUGAGGAGUAUGCUAAACUCUUCAGACCAUCAAAACAGUUGCAGGGUUGAAAGAAAAAGAAGGGAACAGUCUGAUCACUCAUGUGCCCAUCUCAUGGCAGCUAUAAGAAAGAAGGCCCACACACUUCAGAUAAGAGUAUUGCACAGCCCUACAGCCAGAUAGUCUCUAGUCCUGCUGAAAGCAGAUACCUGUGAGAGUACAGAAUUGGCUGUUGUACUGACUGGUUUUGUGUGUCAACUUGACACAGCUGGAGUUAUCACAGAGAAAGGAGCUUC